AGCGCAUUUGCGUUGUUUGAAGUAGCGUGUAGGAACCGGUGAAGGAAACAGGAAAAAGAACUGUUUUUUCCCCCGACAGCAACAGCGAGAAAUAAAAAGAUCUAGGGAUAGUCACGAUGCUGCAUUGUAGUCGACGCGUGGCGUUGGGUGAGGUGACGGCCGUCGCCGCGGUGGCACCGUCGCGUCUCGCGUCGUCCCGGUGGGUCUCCUAUGGCGUUGCAGCAGGCGCCUUUGUGCAGCUUUCUACCUGCGUGACCACCACGUCAUUUUCAUUGUCUCCUCUCCUCACAUCUCGGCGAGGCUACGUGCGACGCACCUGUCCGCGCUUCUUUGAGAUUGACCCAUCGAGGCAGAGGUACGUGAUAGAGUCUGCAUUUGAGGAGCCGACGUUCCGCUACAUCUGCGAAGGCGCGGACAUUGACUUUAAGGAGGAGGUCCGUGAGGCGCUGAAGAAAUCCCUUCCUCAGCCGCCCUCCAAUUUCACGCAGAGAGACCCAGAAAAUAAUUGGAAGCUUCCGCAGAUGAUGCAGGUAUUUCAGCGUCUGUGUCGCCAGCAGCUCGUCUCCUACGCCCAGGUGCGCUCCACACCGCGCCGGCUCGCCUCGUUCUACGAGACUCUCGCCACUGCGCAUCCGGCGCUGGCCCUCCUUGCGGCGGAGCACUUCACCUUCGCAGGACUGGUGGCAACGCACGCAAAGAAAAAGGUGCGCGACGCGGUGCUGGCGAACGUGGACAGUGGGGUGUCCAUCGGCUGCAUCGCGGAGCAGGAGCUCAUCGCGGAGGGACCUCCUUUUAAUACGGAGGCGCGCUACGACGCACACGAACACUGCUUUGUUCUGCGAGGCACCGGCAAGUUCGGUGUGGUGGCGGCGGCCUGUGCGGAGUGGGCGGUGGUGACGGCGACGCUGACGCUGAAGGCGAAGGAGGACAACGGCACCCAUCUCUUUCUGGUCCCGCUGCGUGGCAGCAAUCGAGGUUUACAGGGAACUCCGCAGGAUAGCUCGUUUGCCGCCGGAGAAGGGGAGCUGCGCCGUGGUAUCUCCAUCCGCGCCAUCACCGGCGAGAGCGACGUCAUGUCCGGGUGCGGCGUGGCGGUACUGCAUUUCGACGACGUGCGAAUCCCGGUCGACAACAUCCUGAACCCGUUCUGCAUCACGCCAGAGAUGAAAGUCGGCUACGUGGAGGGCCGCGACGGCGAUGAGCCGGCCACCGAAGUGCUGCGCACGCGCCGCCGCAUUGCCACCGGCGCCGUCUACGUCGGCGCGACCAAAAAACUAUUGACGGACGUGGUGACGUACACGGCAAACAAGUGCGUGGUCGGGCCAGAUUAUCGGCGCAACUACCCUUUUCUCGGCCUCCAGCACAUCCAAACCCCGCUGGUGAGCAUGGUGGCAAAGACGUACGUGUACCUGCUGGCGUGGCAGCGGCUGCUGACGGUAUUCACCGAUGCUGCUGGAAAAGGCCCGUGCUACGAGGACCACAUGCGGCUGGCAGGCACUAUUCACUUUCUCCAGGAGAACUUGUUGGAGCUGCACAACUUCGUUGACCGGGCGAUGGGGCUUCACGGGUCCCUUGCGAGUUCCGGCAGCAACGCCGCGGCAACGCUGGUGCAUCUCCGCCAGGAGGGCCUCGACACGUCAUCGUUGAUUCGAGAGGUGGCCUUCAAGUCUAUUACGAAGAACAUCGGCACUACGCACUGGGGUUGGUGGCUGACGAGCCUGCUGCAAUCCGUCUCUCCGGCGUUGGACCGCUUUGUGAAGAACCCGCUAUACUCCCCCCGCAUCGCCGAUCUGGGGCGCCAUCUUCUCUUUUUCAGUCACAAGCACUACUCCCUGAAGAAGCGCCUGCGGCGGUCUCGGGAGUUGGAGCGGCGGAAAGGCGGUAGCGAGCACCAGUGGUACGACUGGGUCAUGUUUCGUCACCGCACCGUCGUACACUGUGGCGAGGCUUUCAUGGAGAUGUACUACAUGGAUGUAAUGAUGCAGGAGACGGAAAAGUGCGGCGACCUGCGUGGGCGCAAGAUUCUACGAGACAUUGGCUGGAUUUAUGCUUUGUCGCGGCAGAUGGACCGCCUUGACUUUAUCCUCUCUGCCAAGAUGAUGAGCUCUGGCAAGGCGGAGAUUCUAGCGGGUCACUUUGACAACUUGGUGACGGUGCUGGCUCCGCAGUGCGUGCACCUGGUGGAGGCGAUGCAGGUGCCACAGCAGUUUCUGGCUCCAUGCGCCGCCGGCGACCACAUGGAGGCGUACUGGACAAUUCCAGGGACAAACACGCAUAUCGAGCGCGGGAGCCGUUUGACGUUGCACGAAGCCGCUACGUCGUCGUCUUCGAAAGGCCGUGCGGAGCCGGGUCGUGAAAAGGCGGAGCAGGAGGCCAUGCGCGAGUCUUCGGAGGAUUUUGACCUGUUCCACGGCCUCGCCGAUGAGCCGUCGUACGCACGUCGCAAGUUGUAA